AUUUAUUUUUGUUUUCAUUUAUAUGAAUGUGUCUAAAUCUUUUUGAUUUGAGACUAUGACAAUAUUAGAGCAAUUUGAAAACUCUGAAAUGACUGACUGCAUCUUUUUCUAUAAAACUCCAAAUAGUGUGGAGAUGGUGAAGUAUAGUAAGAUGUAAAUUUGUAAGUGAUUUUGGACCAAUCCAAGUCUCAUCAGAUGCCAAUGCCUCUACUCUAUAAUUUGAAGAAAACUUAAAAUUGGGAAACCAAAAUGCUAAAAUUUUAUAAUAAAGGCUUAAAACUUUAUUAUUAUUAUUUUCUUUAGAUCAAAUUUAUAUUUAAAUAAAAAAAUAGAAGUAGAAUUGCAAAUAUGCACGGAGGAAUUAUGCUUCGUAUAUACAACAACCUGCGGGUGCGGCGUGUGUGCACGAUCAAUUUUGGACACACAAGUACAAGUACGAGGAGAAGUGAAAGUGUAACCAACAACAACAAGCCAAGAGUGAAAGACCCUGACAUCCUUAAAUGGAACAAAGCCAUUUCUACUCAUAUGCGCAAUGGCCACUGCGACUCUGCUCUCCAUGUCUUCAACACCAUGCCUCGCCGAAGCUCCGUUUCCUACAAUGCCAUGAUAUCUGGUUACUUGAGAAACUCCAAGUUCAAUCUUGCAAGGAACCUGUUUGAUCAAAUGCCUGAAAGAGACUUGUUUUCUUGGAAUGUAAUGCUUACUGGCUAUGUCAGGAACUGCAGGUUAGGCGACGCUCGUAGAUUGUUUGAUUUAAUGCCUGAGAAAGAUGUUGUUUCUUGGAAUUCUUUGUUGUCAGGGUAUGCCCAGAAUGGCUAUGUUGAUGAGGCAAGGGAGGUUUUUGAUAAUAUGCCUGAAAAGAAUUCCAUCUCUUGGAAUGGCCUUCUUGCCGCCUAUGUUCACAAUGGGAGAAUUGAAGAGGCUUGUCUCUUGUUUGAGUCUAAAUCGGAUUGGGACUUGAUUUCAUGGAACUGUUUGAUGGGUGGGUUUGUAAGGAAAAAGAAGUUAGGUGAUGCUAGGUGGCUUUUUGAUAAAAUGCCUGUUAGGGAUGCAAUCUCGUGGAACACUAUGAUUUCAGGUUAUGCUCAGGGUGGAGGUUUGUCACAGGCGAGGAGAUUGUUUGACGAGUCUCCAACACGGGACGUGUUCACAUGGACAGCUAUGGUGUCUGGAUAUGUGCAGAAUGGAAUGCUGGAUGAAGCUAAAACUUUUUUUGACGAAAUGCCUGAGAAAAAUGAAGUUUCAUACAAUGCAAUGAUUGCGGGUUAUGUGCAAACUAAGAAAAUGGACAUCGCAAGGGAGUUGUUUGAGUCUAUGCCCUGUCGGAAUAUAAGUUCAUGGAAUACCAUGAUUACAGGCUAUGGUCAGAUUGGAGACAUUGCUCAGGCUAGAAAAUUCUUUGAUAUGAUGCCACAGCGUGACUGUGUAUCUUGGGCGGCUAUUAUUGCUGGUUAUGCUCAGAGCGGUCACUAUGAAGAAGCUCUGAACAUGUUUGUAGAGAUAAAACAAGACGGAGAAAGUUUAAAUAGGGCUACUUUUGGUUGUGCUUUGAGCACAUGUGCUGAUAUUGCUGCUUUGGAGUUGGGGAAACAAAUUCAUGGGCAGGCGGUGAAGAUGGGAUAUGGGACUGGGUGUUUCGUGGGGAAUGCGCUUCUUGCAAUGUAUUUUAAAUGUGGCAGCAUAGACGAAGCUAAUGACACGUUUGAAGGAAUAGAGGAGAAAGAUGUCGUCUCUUGGAACACUAUGUUAGCUGGCUAUGCCAGGCAUGGAUUUGGCAGACAGGCUUUAACGGUAUUUGAGUCUAUGAAGACAGCAGGUGUUAAGCCUGAUGAGAUUACCAUGGUUGGCGUUCUUUCUGCUUGUAGUCAUACUGGCUUGCUAGACAGGGGAACUGAAUACUUCUAUUCAAUGACUAAAGAUUAUGGUGUAAUACCAACUUCAAAACAUUAUACUUGCAUGAUUGAUCUUCUUGGCAGAGCUGGCCGAUUGGAAGAAGCACAGGACUUAAUAAGAAACAUGCCUUUUCAGCCUGGUGCUGCUUCAUGGGGAGCUCUACUUGGUGCAAGCCGGAUUCAUGGCAAUACUGAACUGGGCGAGAAGGCUGCUGAGAUGGUUUUUAAGAUGGAACCUCAGAACUCGGGAAUGUACGUCCUUCUUUCAAAUCUAUAUGCAGCCUCGGGCAGAUGGGUUGAUGCUGAUAAGAUGAGAUCAAAGAUGAGGGAUAUUGGUGUACAGAAAGUACCUGGCUAUAGUUGGGUUGAGGUACAAAACAAGAUUCAUACGUUCUCAGUUGGGGAUUGUUCCCAUCCAGAGAAAGAGAGAAUAUAUGCCUACUUAGAAGAACUAGAUCUCAAAAUGAGGGAGGAGGGAUAUGUUUCUUUAACAAAAUUAGUUCUGCAUGACGUGGAAGAGGAAGAGAAGGAACAUAUGCUCAAGUAUCACAGUGAAAAAUUAGCUGUAGCUUUCGGAAUUCUGACCAUACCAGGUGGCAGACCAAUCCGUGUCAUGAAAAACUUGCGCGUGUGUGAAGACUGUCAUAGUGCCAUCAAGCACAUAUCCAAGAUUGUUGGAAGGUUGAUAAUAUUAAGGGAUUCUCACCGUUUUCACCACUUCAACGAGGGCUUUUGUUCUUGUGGGGAUUAUUGGUAAAACGGGGAGAUCAAGGAUAUGGUAAAAAUUAAAACUUUAUGGCCCUAUUGUAUUGCCAUCAAAGAAGUGCUGACAGCAGUGAGAAGCCCAGUUAUAUCCCGACCGUUUGGUAAUGAAAUUAUUGUUUAUGCGAAUGAGCUGAAUGGAAUAUCUGAGCUACCAACUCAGACUACAUCAUACUGACCAAGAGGAGGUAUCAUUUGAUGAAUGUUUGAAUUCGAUAUAUCUUUGAAUAAUUAUAUCAGAGAACGCAAAUCACUGUAAUUUAAAAGAUAGCUAGAAAUGCAUAGAGAGAUGCUCUUCGUAAAUUAUUGGCAACUUAUGAAAGCACUUGGUACAGAAGAUAGGAAAUAGGAAACUGGGUGCAACAGCAACUUCUGACAAACUUAGGAUGCUGCUCACUAAUUGCACACAUCCCUUAAAUAUUAUGAAAUGUUUCAUUUUUUUACUUUUUAUGUAUUAGGGUUCAUUGUGAUAAUCCUGUUUUGUAUAUUACCCAAACAAAAAAUACUCAGUCUGAAACAAUACUCACCGAUUGCACCCCUUACAAUAUUAUGAAAUGCUUAAUUUUUUUUACCUUUUACCUUGUCAUAAGAUGCCCUAUUCUAAGUAGCUCAA